AUGGCGAAGUUAGUUAUUGGAAUUUUGUGUGUUGUGGCAGUGGUGACGGCACUUCCGGCCGAGGAGACGCGGGGCCACUCCAGGAACGCCGUGAGCACAGACAACGACCUCCUCGAUGGCAUUUACCACGACUGCAUUAACAAGGACUCAGUGUCAUGUGUAAAGUACAAGCUGUUCAAUUUUGUUGACAAAGUUGUGAUGCAAAAGAACGUGUUCCCACUCACCGAGGGUGUCACAAUCGUGAAGACGCCCGGAGCUGAGUACGAGGGUGCUCCACGAAGCAUUGCUGGCGAUGAGUCCGUCGAGUCCCUCGUGUGGAGCCGUCUGCAGCACUUCCUGCACACCCACACCAUCAAGGUCGACCUCAAGGGAUCCGACGUGGUGAACGCCGUUGCGUCCACUGGUCGCGCCCUGGAGGACGUGUCCGACAAUCUGUUCGGCGAGGAAGAGACCAGCGCCGCUGGCGAGAGCCGUGGCAAGAAGAAGAAGGCCGCGAAGAUCCUGGGACCCCUCCUCCUGGCUGUGGCCCUCAAGGCCGCCGCUCUCCUGCCCCUCCUGCUCGGCGCGAUCGCCCUGAUCGCCGGCAAGGCCCUGCUCGUCGGCAAGAUCGCCCUGGUGCUGUCCGCCAUCAUCGGCCUCAAGAAGCUCCUGUCGCACGAGAAGCACGUCACGUACGAGGUCGUUGCCCACCCUCACCACUCCUCCAGCCACUCAUCCAGCCACGGCGACGCCUUCGUGGGCUCCGGCUUCGGCGGCGGUGACCUCGGCGGCGGAUACGGUGGAUCCGGACACGGUGGCGGCUGGGGACGCUCAGUGGAUGCCCAGGACUUGGCCUACGCCGCGCAGAAGCCUUAA